GAAAAACAUAACUGGAAUAACAACUGAAAACAUCAAAGUCAUCAUUCUUUCCAAACCUGAUGAACCUCAAGGACCCAUACGAUUUGAUGAUGUUGAUGCAACAUCAGUCACAAUAAGCUGGGAUCCACCUAUGAGAGAUGGUGGUGCACCAAUUAGCAACUAUGUGGUUGAACAACGUGAUGCCCAUCGCCCAGGAUGGGUGCCUGUGUCGGAAUCAGUUUCUAGACCAAUAUUCAAAUUUGACAGAUUGACAGAGGGCGAUGAAUAUGUGUUCCGUGUUGCAGCAACCAAUCGCUAUGGCACUGGGGAUUACUUACAGUCAGAAAUCGUAAUGUGCAAGAGCUCCAAAUCCAUUCCUGGGCCACCUGGAAGACCCAUUGUAUUUGAUGUAUCACGUGAUGGCAUGACUGUUGCAUGGGAACCACCAGAUGAGGAUGGAGGCUUAGAGGUGUCCGGCUACAUUAUUGAACGCAAGGAGGUCAGGUCAGAUAGAUGGAUCCGUGCUAAUAAAAAUCCAGUGACAAUGACAAGAUACAGGUCCACUGACUUAAUUGAAGGCCUGGAAUAUGAACACAGAGUGACAGCCAUUAAUGCUCGUGGUGUCGGCAAACCUAGCCUUCUUUCUAAACCAGCAGUAGCAACUGAUCCUGUUGAUCCACCUGGUUCACCUCAAAACCCACGAGUCACAGAUACCACAAAAUCUUCUGUGUCUUUGGCCUGGAGUCCCCCAGAUGAGGAGGGUGGUGCUAAGGUUACAGGCUAUCUAAUUGAGAUGCAAAAGGUUGGUUCAGUAACCUGGAUGAAGUGCAACGCUACACCUUCACUGAUCUGUGAAUAUACUUUGACACGAAUGCCACAAGGAGAAGAAUUCAAAUUCCGUAUUAUGGCUUGCAAUGCGGGUGGACCAGGAGAACCAGCUGAAGUACCAGGAGUUGUGACUAUAACAGAGAUGCUUGAUCCUCCAAGUUAUGAUCUUGAAGCAAAAUACAAGGAUGUCCUUGUAGUCAGAUCCAGAGGAGUAAUCAGACUUUCAGUGCCCAUCAAAGGCAAACCUACUCCUACCUGCAAAUGGACCAAGGAUGGAUCAGAGGUUACCAACCGUGCAAUGAUUGCCUCCAGUGAAGAUGUAUCAGAGCUUGUAAUCAAGCUAGCUGAAAGGUCUGAUUCUGGUCUUUACCAUCUCCAUCUGGAAAACAAGUGUGGCAAAAAGAUGCUUCCAAUAAAGGUCAAAGUUAUUGGCCGCCCAUCUGCACCUGAAGGCCCUCUUAGAUUUGAUGAUAUACAAGCACAUUCUGUAAAAGUUAGCUGGAAACCACCAACAGAAGAUGGUGGUUCCGAAAUUGUUGGCUACAUUGUGGAAAGACGUGAAGAAACAAAAGCAGCUUGGUACACGGUUGAUUCGCGAGUGGUUGACACAUCCCUUGUAGUUAAGGGACUACAAGAAAAUGCAGAAUAUCACUUUAAGGUGACAGCAGAGAACCAGUUUGGAAUAAGCAACUCCCUGAAAUCAGAGACAACUAUUGUACCAAAGACUCCUAUUUGUGUCCCAGAGGCUUCAGGUACUCCACCAGAAAUUAUGGAUGUUACUAAGAAUUCUGCGGCUUUGGCUUGGACAAAACCUAAAGAUGAUGGUGGAUCUUGCAUUACUGGUUACUAUAUUGAGUACAAAGAAGUGUCAUCUGAUAAGUGGAUUCGUCAUGAGACAAAGAUCACCUCAACGAUGUACACUCUUAGUCAACUCACUACUGAUUCCGAAUAUCAGUUCCGUGUUAUUGCUGUGAAUGACAUUGGAGCUAGUGAACCAGGACCUGCAUCAGAUUCAGUAAUAUGCAAAGAUCCAUUUGAUAAACCAAGCCAACCUGGAGAAAUUGACACUAUGACUGUUACCAAAGACUAUAUUACAAUUAACUGGGAGGCUCCAGCAUGUGACGGUGGCAAACCAGUCCUUGGCUACUGGAUUGAAUACCGAAAGUCUGGAGAGAGUGCUUGGAAGAAAUGCAAUAAGGAGCGCACAAAGGACAAACAGUACACUCAGGGUGGUUUACAAGAGGCAACUGAAUAUGAAUUCAGAGUAUUUGCAGAAAAUGAAACCGAAUUAGCAGACCACGCAGAACAGCAACUGGCAUCAAAACUAAACUGGGUGGUAAGUAUGGUUUGA